UCCAUCAGCAGGGGCUUCCAACUGCUUUCAGGCUACUCUCCCAACACUCAAAGCUCUUCUUUUCUCUUGGGGUCUUUUUCAGAGUGUUCCAGUCAUGCCUGCGAAGGGUGUAACACUUUAUCGGCAGGAGCAAACACAUCAACAAAGCUCAAAACAUGUUGUCCAUCAGUCAAGGAAAUCAAGCUCUCAGGUUGUAAAGAAGGAGCAGGUCCAGGCCACGGAGGUGAUGGUGGAACCAGCCUACACAGUGCCAAACUUCAGGGAGAGGGCUCCUGAGGGCAUGCAGGAGUAUCAGAGGAUGGCGGCUCACUUUGGAAGAGAUUUGGUUCAAAUUCAACAGGAGCUGCACAGGAUGAAAGUGGCCACAAAGGAGCAAGUGCAGAACAUUGAGAUUACUAGAGAGGUGAAGGGAAUGAUGCCGUUGAGGAAGGAAUUUCCUACUGAAGUUCCCAAAGCUCCGGACUUCCUUGUCAGUCUGAGAUCUCACACUGUAUGGGAAAAGACGCCCGUCAAGCUGUUCUGCACUGUGUCCGGCCAACCCACUCCUAUUGUCAAAUGGUAUAGGAAUAAUGUUGCCAUCGAACCCCUGAGUGCUCCUGGAAAGUACAAAAUUGAGAACAAGUAUGGGGUUCACAGUCUGAUUAUUAGCAGAUGUGCAGUUUCUGAUUCUGGAGUGUACAGUGCUGUGGCAACCAAUCCACAGGGAAAGGCCACCUCCAAGGCCACUGUCUGCGUCAGGAGGCCAGCAGGGGGAGGAGAGCUCUCUCAUCUGCCAGGACUAGUUCCUCUCGGCGGUAUCCACCCUAGUAAACUUGAGGUGACUCUGCUGGAGUCAUUCGGAGUGACAUUUGGUAAAGAAGGAGAGUCUGUCAGUCUGGUGUCCAACAUGGUGGUGGUGCCCGAUUUGCCAAAUCUUCCACCUGAGGCUGUGUGGUACAGAGAUGAUGCUUUGCUAAUGCCAUCUAGAUGGGCUGAGAUGUCUGUUGGUGGCGGCGUCGCCAAGCUCACUCUUCCUUACCUGAACAAGGAUGAUGAGGGACUUUACACCCUGCGCAUUUGGACCAAGGAUGGAACCGUAGAACACAGCGCUUACCUGUUUGUUAAAGAUGCUGCUCCAACAGUGUCCGGGGCCCCUGGAGCCCCAAUGGAUGUUACAGCGACUGAUGUGAAUGCAGAUUACGUCCUGAUCUCCUGGAAACCUCCGAACACGACCCAUGAGGCUCCCAUCACUGGAUACUUCGUGGACAAGCGUAAGUCAGGAACUAAGGACUGGGUCCAGUGCAAUGACUCUCCUGUGAAAGUGUGCAAGCUGCCCGUCCACGGCCUGACCGACGGGGCAUCCUAUCACUUCCGAGUGAGGGCUGUGAACAAAUCUGGCAUCAGUCUGCCUUCCAGGAUGUCCUCUGGAGUGACCACAGGAGAAGUGGAGAGCGAUGUGGAAGUGAUUAAAAUCGAAGGAAAAUAUGACAUUGCGAUUCGACAGGAGGAGCUACAAGGAGUCUAUGUUACAAUACCAGGUCCACCCACCAACGUGCAUGCAACAGAAAUAAACAAAACAUACAUUGUUCUGAGCUGGACACCACCAAGCCCUCGCGGACGGGCACCUGUGUGGUACCUCAUUGAGAAGUGUGUAGGUGACAGUGACAUCUGGCAGAGAGUCAACACUGCGGUCCAGCUGAGAUCUCCCCGUUACCCUGUUUAUGAUAUGGAGGACAAGAAAGCUUACCGUUUCCGUGUAAUCACUGUCAACAAGUAUGGCUCAAGUGAGCCAUCAGAGCCAACGGCACCCAUCCAAAAGGUGGACCUUUAUGGUAUUGUUCCAAAUAUUGGUGUUCCUUCUGCCCCGGGACAGGUGAUUGCCUCCAGAAAUACCAAAACGUCUGCUUUUGUGCAGUGGGAUGCUCCGAAACAUGCCACAAACCUCCUGGGUUACUAUGUUGAUGCCUCUGUGGUCGGAUCCAAGGACUGGUUCCCCUGUAAUCACAGGCCUUACAAACACACCAGGUUUGUAGUCCAUGGUUUGACCCCAGGAGAUACCUAUGUGUUCCGGGUGCAAGCUGUGAAUGCAUACGGAUUGAGUGAGGAGUCGCAGGAAUCUGCUCCUCUCUUCAUUGAUGCUGCGCUUAAGGGAGCGGUGGAGUAUGCUACUCCCUCUGCUCCGUAUGGCAUCAGCCUGCUCAACUGUAAUGGAUCCUCCAUGACUCUGGCCUGGAAACGCCCCAAACACACCGGCGGCUCUAAGAUCAGCUCUUACUACCUGGACAAGCGUGAGGCGGGAUCAGUCGACUGGAAGGAGGUCAGCCCCAGCCCGGCUGUCCACAGGAUUUUCACGGUGGAAAAUCUGACCGGUGGAGUGUUCUAUGAGUUCAAAAUUCAGGCUGCUAACUUGGCUGGAGUUGGCCUGCCAUCAGAGCCCAGCAAACCCUUUGCCUGUGAGGCCUGGACAAUGGCUGAACCUGGUCCAGCAUAUGACAUCAGUUUCUGGGAAGUGCGUGACACCUCCAUUUUGGUGCAGUGGAAACCCCCUGUGUACACCGGACAGAGUCCCGUCACUGGUUAUUUUGUGGACAUGGCUAAGAAGGGCUCAUCAGAUUUUGCCACAGUAAAUGCUGAAAAAGUUGAACAUUGCUUCCUGAAGGUCACUGGACUUGAAUCUGGAGCGUCAUAUGUGUUCAGAGUACGGGCUGUCAAUGACAAAGGUGUUGGAAAAGCCUCAGACUUGUCUGAUCCCAUAUGUGCAAAAGCACUGCCAGGUACAAAGGAGAUUGUGUGCGGUGUGGAUGAAGAGACUGGUGACAUUUUCCUGAAGUUUGAAGCUUGUGAGGUUUCUGAGACCUCCAAGUUCAUUUGGUCAAAGUCCUACAAGGAAGUCACUGAAUCAAGCAGAGCCUCGAUCACAUCUUCUGGAAGACACUCAAAGCUGACAUUCGUGAACCCCGAGAAGGAGGAUCUGGGAAUCUACUCUGUUGCAGUGACUGACACAGAUGGAGUUUCAUCCAGUUACUCUGUCAAUGAAGAAGAGUUAAAAAAAAUGCUUGAUCUGAGCUACAACAUCAGACACCCCAUUGUUCCACUGAAGACGGAGCUGAACUAUGAGAUUCUGGAGAAGGGUCAUGUGCGUUUUUGGGUUCAGGCUCUGAAGCUGUCCUCCUCUGUCAACUAUAGGUUCAUUGUCAACGAUAAAGCCAUCUCAAGCACUGAGGGUUACAAAAUCAGCCAUGAUGUUUCCACUGGAAUCAUUCAGAUGACUAUUGAGCAUUUCACCAAGGCCAAUGAAGGCACUUACACCAUCCAGAUCCAUGACGGCAAAGCCAAGAGCCAAAGUUCACUGGUUCUCGUAGGAGACGCAUUCAAGGUUGCUCUAAAAGAGGCUGACUUUCAGAGAAAGGAGCACAUCCGAAAACAAGGCCCUCACUUCUCCGAGUACCUGUCUUUCUACGUGACAGACGACUGCACAGUGAUGCUUGUCUGCAAGUUGGCCAAUGUGAAGAAAGAGACUAAGUUCACCUGGUUUAAAGAAGAAGAAGAAAUUACAGUUGAUGUUCAACCAAACCCAAUGUCUGGAUCUUGCUCUCUUCCAAUCCCAAUGUUCUCCAGGAAAGAUCAGGGAAUUUACAAAGCUGUACUGAGUGAUGACCGUGGAAAGGAUACCUCUGUCUAUGACAUCUCUGGCAAAGUGUUUGAGGAUAUCAUCAAUGCCAUCGCCAGUAUUGCUGGUUCCUCCGCCUCUGAUCUGGUUCUUCAGUGCACACCAGAGGGAAUCAGACUGCAGUGCUACAUGAAAUACUACACAGAGGAGAUGAAAGCCAGCUGGUUUCACAGAGAGAGUAAGAUCUCUUCCUCAGAGAAGAUGAGAAUCGGGGGCACAUCUGAGAUGGCCUGGAUGCAGAUCUGUGAGCCCACAGAUAAGGAAAAGGGUUCUUAUGCCAUUGAGAUACAUGAUGGGAAAAAGGCACACACUCGUAACUUUGACCUUUCUGGACAAGCAUACACUGAUGCCUAUGCAGAAUUCCAGAGACUGAAAGCGGCUGCCUUUGCUGAAAAGAAUCGUGGUAGAGUGAUGGGUGGUCUGCCAGAUGUUGUCACCAUUAUGGAAAAGAAGAGCCUGAGUCUGACUUGUACAGUGUGGGGUGACCCCAGCCCAGAGGUCACCUGGUUUAAGAAUGAGCAGGAAGUGGUGUCCGACGACCGCUACAAGAUCACCUUCGAAAGUGGCAAGUUUGCCAGCCUCACUAUCAAGAGUGUGUAUGUGGAAGAUUCUGGAAAGUACAGCAUCAAUGUACGGAACAAGUAUGGAGGUGAAUUUGUGGAGAUAACAGUCAGUGUCUACAAACAAGGCGAAGAUAUCCCCGAGCCUAAACUGGGACAGAUGUCCAGACCUGCCGCUACCCCAAAGCCAGCUACACCUGUUCCACAGUCUGUGAAAACCCCAUCUCCUGCAACUCCUACACCCUCUAUCAAGUCCCCAACCCCUACUCCACCGUCCUCUGUCAAGUCUCCCACCCCCACUCCAGCUUCUAAAUCACCCACCCCACCCAGAUCCAUGAGGUCCCCCACCCCACCAAGAUCCAUGAGAUCCCCCACCCCAACUAAGAAGUAACUUCUAAACUAUGGCUUAUUGAACCUGAAGAUACACACAGUAUUAAUAGUGUUGGUCUGUAGUGUUUCAAAUCUGAAGAUGAUCUGGUUUAGUUUGCUGCAGUAGUCUACAAAUCGGGUACUGUUACUGGUGUGAAAUUUAGGAUAUUUGUAAUAAAAUAUCUGAAGGAAGAGUCCUUUUGGCUUCAGACUCCAGUGUAGCAGUUGAUCUCUGAAAUUGAGACAAAAAUAGAAAUGUUGUGUUUUAUGUGUUGCUUUCGCAGCAAAAAUAAAAGGGGAAGUUUAAGCGACGUGCUGUUGGGCCAGUCAAAAAUCAUCGCAAAGGCCUCUGCUGUCUCAUCUCAUCUGUCUUUGUUCUGUACCCUCUAAAUGCUUUUUGGUGCCAAUAAAAAUCAUCCAUAUCUGGAGUGGA